CCAGAAAGCGAAAGUACAAAGGGAGACAGCGGAGAGAGAUGAAAUCGUCAGCGUCACUCUCGUCACUCCUCUGCUACAACAAAGCCUCGCUCUCUCGCUCCGCCUUCCUCCUCCCGAAGCCUCUCCACCGUUCCAGCUUCCUUGUCGGCGCCGGAGCCAGCGGCCCGGAUCGCGCCGCGAACCGCCGUGUCGGCCUCCGAAUCGGGACCUCCGGUUUCUCCACCGCCGCCGUCAUGGCCGCUUCCUUCAAGCCCGAGCAGGCGAGGGCUCCGCCGGCGCUCCCUCUACCCAAUCCUCCCCUCGCCAAGUUUAAGAUCGGGCUGUGCCAGCUUUCGGUGACGGCGGAUAAGGAGAGGAACAUUGCGCAUGCUCGUGAGGCGAUUCGCAAGGCCGUUGACAAGGGCGUUCAGCUUGUUCUCUUGCCCGAAAUAUGGAACAGUCCCUAUUCAAAUGAUAGCUUCCCUGUUUAUGCUGAGGACAUUGAUGGAGGUUCAUCUCCUUCAACUGCUAUGUUAUCUGAAGCUGCCAAGGCCCUGAAGGUUACCAUAGUGGGUGGUUCAAUCCCAGAAAGAUGUGGUGAUCGAUUGUACAACACUUGUUGUGUUUUUGGCUCCGAUGGAGUGCUGAAAGCCAAGCACCGCAAGAUACAUCUUUUUGAUAUUGAUAUACCUGGGAAGAUCACAUUUAUGGAGUCAAAGACUCUCACGGCAGGAGAAACUCCAACAAUAGUGGACACAGAUGUUGGACGUAUUGGUAUAGGCAUCUGUUAUGAUAUUCGGUUUCAGGAAUUGGCAAUGAUUUAUGCUGCAAGAGGUGCUCAUUUGCUUUGCUAUCCUGGGGCCUUUAAUAUGACCACUGGACCAUUGCAUUGGGAGCUACUCCAGAGAGCUAGGGCUGUAGAUAAUCAGUUGUAUGUUGCAACUUGUUCACCUGCUCGGGAUGCUGGGGCUGGUUAUGUGGCUUGGGGGCACUCCACUUUGAUUGGACCGUUUGGACAAGUUUUGGCGACAACAGAGCACGAGGAGGCCAUUAUCAUUGCGGAUAUCGAUUAUUCCGAGAUGGAGAUGAGAAGGACUAAUCUCCCGUUGGAGAAGCAACGGCGAGGGGAUCUUUACCAGUUGGUUGAUUUCCAGAGAUUGAACUCCUAAGAAGCUUCUCCAGUACAGAUGAUCAAAAAAUGGCCGUCCGUCCGGUGUUGUAAUGGUUAAAGAAACACCGUACCAAACAGCAAUUCCCAAGGGGGAAUCUUCUUGUAAUAAACUCUCUUAUAUACUCCCCCGGCAAUGUCUAGCGCAUUUGUAUUGAACCGAGAUCUUUCUUUUCCGAUGCACUACGAUUCGGUGGA